GCGGGCCGGGCCCUCCGCGGGCCUGUGGGCCCCGUGGGCGGGGGCGGGGGCGGCCUCCUCCCGCCCGGCCGCCCUCAGCGCUGCCGUUCCCCGGCCCGCCCGGCCGCCCUCAGCCCGGCCGCCCUCAGCCCGGCCGCCAUGGGCGCCGCCCGCCGCCGCCCGCUGCCGCCGCUGCUGCCGCUGCUGCUGGCGGCGGCGUGGGGGCCGUGUUUCCCGGAGGGGCUACGCUCCCCGCCGCGGCGGUGGCCGGUGCCUUACAGGCGCUUUGAUUACCGUCCAAAACCCGAUCCUUACUGCCAAGCUCGUUACACCUUCUGCCCCACUGGCUCUGCCAUUCCAGUUAUGAAAGAAGAGGAUGUCAUCGACGUGUAUCGAUUACAGGCUCCAGUAUGGGAAUUCAAAUAUGGGGACCUACUAGGACAUUUGAAAAUCAUGCAUGAUGCUGUGGGUUUCAAGAGCUCUCUGACGGGCAAAAACUACACAAUGGAGUGGUAUGAGCUCUUCCAACUUGGGAACUGCACAUUUCCACAUCUCCGGCCUGGCAUGGAUGCACCAUUCUGGUGUAACCAGGGAGCUGCCUGCUUCUAUGAAGGAAUAGAUGAUGCACACUGGAAGGAAAAUGGAACUUUAGUUCUCGUGACCACAAUAUCAGGAGCCAUGUUUAAUGAAAUGGCAAAGUGGGUAAAAUACGACAACGAGACUGGCAUUUACUAUGAGACCUGGACAGUUCAGGCGAGUCCCGACAAACAGUCCAUAGUAUGGUUUGACUCUUAUGAAUGCUCUAAAUUUAUACUGAGAACGUACCAGAAGCUAGCUGACUUAGGAGCUGUAUUUAAGAAGAUAGAAACAAACUAUACGAGCAUAAUACUAUUCAGUGGAGAACCUAUUUAUUUGGGAAAUGAAACAUCUAUUUUUGGACCACUAGGAAACAAGACACUGGCUGCAGCUAUAAGAGACUUCUACUAUCCCUUCAAACCUCAUCGGACAGUCAGAGAAUUUUUUGUGGAUCUUUUAAAAAUAAUCGAUCGUGUCAUCUUGAAUCAACAGUUUUACCUCUUCUACAACUUGGAAUACUGGUUUUUACCUAUGAAGUUCCCUUAUCUCAAAAUAAUUUAUGAAGAGGUCCCUUUACCUACUGGAAGCAAUAUAUCUGUUGGUGUAUAAUUGCUUUCUGAAGAAUCAACCUUACCCUUAUAUAUAUCAGAAUAUCUUUAAGAAUUUGGGAGCGCUACCAUGAUGCUAUUAAAGUGUUGUAUGUUUCACUGCCAACUGUAAAA